CUAGAAACUUCCGGAAACUUCUGCGGGAUUCCAGGUGAUUCUUUCCCCACUACGUCACUUCCCACCGCAGGAUAAAAGGUCGGUCGGUAACAUUUCCGAUAGAUUCUGACAGUGUUUCAGGCAAUUUACAAGCCUAUCGAGCGCUAGACGAGAACCAGAGUUUCUUACGGGCCAUACUGACGAAACUAGCGGCUUUUGAAGCGAAGAAAUCGGUUUUGUUUUGAGGAUUUCCUUCGUAACCAGGGACUGACAGUUCGCUGCUUUACUAUCGAUCCAGCCGAGAUUCAAGGAGAUUUAAUCUUCGGUGGUGUCACGACAAGACCUCUGCUGCUAAUCUCUGAGAGGUAAGGACAGAUUCCGCCAUGGGGAAGGACUACUACAAGGUUCUGGGUAUCUCCAGAGACGCGAACGAGGACCAGAUAAAGAAGGCGUACAGAAAGAUGGCGCUGAAAUACCACCCCGAUAAAAACAAAUCUGCGGGCGCCGAGGAAAAAUUCAAGGAGAUCGCAGAGGCGUAUGAAGUAUUAAGCGACCCGAAGAAGAGAGAAAUAUAUGAUCAGUAUGGAGAGGAGGGUCUGAAGGGUGGUGGUGGCGGCGGCGGCGGCGGGGGAACCGGCGGUCCCGGCAGCUACACAUACACCUUCCACGGCGACCCCAACGAAACCUUCCAGAGGUUUUUCGGAACGUCGAACCCCUUCGAGGCAUUCUCCUUCAUGAGCAAUGGCGGCUCCCAACGCAUGUUCUUCAGCAGUUCCGCAGCAGACCCCUUUGGCAGACAACAACACAUGCAACACAUGCACCCUUUUGGGGGAUUUCACAGUUCUGGAGGAAGGCCUGGUCAUGAUGGGUUUGAUCCCAUGGAAGUGGACGAUGAUCCUUUCACCGGCUUCGGCCAUAUGGGAGGAAUGGGAGGGGGGCACGGACCUACACGGAUGAGGAAAGAAGUCCAGGACCCUCCAAUCACCCACAAUCUCAUGGUCUCCCUGGACGAAGUUUACCGCGGGACCACGAAAAAGAUGAAAAUCAACCGUCAGGUGAUCGGCGCGGACGGCUACGCGAGGCGGGAAGACAAGGUUCUGGAGAUCCAGAUCAAGAAGGGCUGGAAGGAGGGAACCAAGAUCACGUUUCCCAAGGAGGGCGACCAGAAGCCCGGCCAUAUUCCCGCGGAUAUCGUCUUCGUCUUAAAGGAUAAACUAAACCCGGUCUUCAAGAGAGACGGGAGUAACCUGAUCUACACAGCAAGACUCUCCUUGAGAGAUGCCUUGGUUGGUUGUACAGUGCAAGUUCCCACCUUGGAUCAAGGCAGGACUGUUCCCAUCCACUGCCAGGACAUUGUCAAACCUACGUCAAAAAAGAUUAUCCGGGGGGAGGGACUCCCCUUGCCUAAACAGCCAAGUCAGCGAGGAAACAUUGUUGUACAGUUUGAUAUCCAGUUUCCCAACGGACUAUCGCCGUCGACAAAGGACAUUUUGCGGGACUGUCUACCAGCGUAGAUAUUUUUUUUAGGAAGUGCAGUUAUGCUUUAGGAAGUGUCCUAUCGUUGGAAUUAACUUUGAGUUAGACCAGUACGGAUCCUUCACAAAACACAAAGUGACAAGAGAGGACAUCUCAUUUAAAGUAUAUUUUGCAAAGUAGAUGUUCGUAUGGUUGUGGAAUGGAGACACUAAAAAUAAGGGCAAUGCUACAGUCGAAAAUCUGGUGUAGGCCAAAUAAAGGAAAGCUAUAUAUAUAUCGGUUUAACGUACAUUGUGUAAGAUACUGUGUAGUUAGUUGCACAGUAGGCCAAACUGUUCACAUGCCAAGUGUACAAAGACUUUCCACCAGUAUAAUGCAAUAUAGUAGAAUCACUAGUACAUGUACUGUACAGAAGACUUUAACUACAUGUAUAAGCAAGGAGGUUGAGAGAGUCUAUUUUAACCUCAAUGGUUCAAGUGCCAGCUGCAAUGAUUAAGGUAUGAUUAUCAAACUUGCACCACUAAGAUGCAGUAUAGCUGUACAGUGUUUAUUUGUCUGUGGUCAACAUGUGAUAGUUUUAACGAUAGAACACUCGCAUCAAUAUUUUUGUAUACUGGGUAUACAGUCCGACAAUAAAUGAGAGUGAGCACAUGGUUGAUAGAAGUUCUGGGUAUGAGAAAUAAGUGUUGGAUGUCUUCA